AUGAGGGCCUGUGUCCCCCUGAUAGUGGCCAUGCUCUGUGGCUUGGCCUGGGCUGGAACAACAGAGUCAUGUGCAUCUCGUUGUAAUGAGAAAUUUGACCGGGAUGCUGCCUGCCAGUGUGACCGCCAGUGUCUCCAGCAUAGGGACUGCUGUGGAGACUAUGAGCACCUGUGUACUGCUGAGGAGGACCCCAAAGAGCCGAAGGCAUUCCUGGAGCUGGAGGAGGAGACCUGGGAGGCCCCAGCUAGCAACCUGUACUCAGAACCCAGCUCCUGCCGCGGCCGCUGCUACAAACCUGUUGACAAGCACCGCCCAUGCCACUGUGAUGCCCGCUGCCAAGAGUUUGGAAACUGCUGUGAGGAUUUUGAGAUGCUGUGUGGCCACGAGGGCUUCUCCCACAGCAGUGAUGCCAUAACCAAGGACGAGCUUCGGAGCAUCUCUGAGAAGAUCUACAAGGCAGACAUCAACAAGGCCCAGAAGGCAGACAUUGUUCUCAAUAGCCAAAACUGCAUCUCCCCUUCCGAGACCAGAGACCAAGUGGAUCACUGCCCACAGCGGCUCUUCACCUAUGUCAAUGAGAAGCUGUUUUCUAAACCAACUUAUGCUGCCUUCAUCAACCUCCUCAACAACUACCAGCGGGCAACAGGCCACAGGGAGCACUUUAGUGCCCAGCAGCUGGCUGAGCAGGAUGUCUUCCUCAGAGAGAUCAUGAAGACAGCCGUCAUGAAGGAACUCUACGGCUUCCUUCACUACCAUAAUCGCUACAGCUCAGAGCAAGAGUUUGUCAAUGACUUGAAGAACAUGUGGUUUGGACUCUAUUCAAGACGCAAUGGAGAGAGAGACUCAAGUGGCUUUGAACAUGUCUUCUCAGGUGAAGUCAAAAAAGGCAAAGUCACUGGCUUCCACAACUGGAUCCGCUUCUACCUACAGGAGAAAGAAGGCCUGCUUGACUACUACAGUUACAUUUAUGAUGGGCCUUGGGACUCCUAUCCUGAUGUGCUGGCGAUGCAGUUCAACUGGGACGGCUACUAUAAGGAAGUGGGUUCCUCUUUCAUCGGCAGCAGCCCAGAGUUUGAGUUUGCGCUCUACUCCCUGUGCUUCAUCGCCAGGCCAGGCAAAGUGUGCCCAUUAAGCCUGGCUGGGUAUCCCCUGGCUAUCCAGACCUACACCUGGAACAAGUCCACCUAUGGAAAUGGCGAGAAGUACAUUGCCACAGCCUAUGUGGUGUCUUCCACCCAGUAGAACUCUGAACCAGAAAGGGGCAUGAGGGCAGUGAGGGCUGUCCCAGGAGUGGGGAGCUAUCUGCUUUGGGCUGGAGAGGGAAGGGAGGAGACCGGGUCACUGAGCGGGAUUCUCCAAUCAAGAAAUACCCAUAUUGGAAAAAUGGAAAAGAAAUGAAUUAGAAAAACGCACAGAAACAGUCAAAUCUUUGUGCUCCACCAUUUUGGCAACGUAGUCUAAGAAUCGGAGUCUAGACGGAAAAGGUGGGAACCCUCGAUAACUCUUUGUCCUGAUGUGUGCUGGAACCGUGGACAUGUCCUUUUAUCUCUCCAGGCCCCAUGUUUCCCUUUCAUGUAAAGGAAAGAGAACUUCUCCCUUUCCUCUUUCUGGGGUUGGUGAGAGGGCAAACUUGAUGAUAUUAUUACUGUGAAAGUGUUUUCAAUUGUUCUCAGGAAGAA